CGUAGACUCUGAGUCCUGACCACCACUAUCCGUUCAAUCCCGGUCAAAUCAUACGGUGCCAUGCUAUUACAUUUGUCCCUGCUAUAAGACAACAGCUGCAUCAGACUCGCAACCAAGUCUCCUCAACAUGUCGCUCCUCAGAAUACCUCUAGUUCUCUCAUCAGCUGUCGCUCUCCAGGUAGCAGUCACACCUCCCCAUACCGCAUCCACCGAGGAAUUAUUUCGUCCGAGUACCAUCGGAUCCUAUUUUACAAAAGCGAGAUACGCCUCGCAAACAAUAUACGGGUUGUACUGGGCGGGGGCAUUGGCCGAAAUAGCUACUAUGAUAGCUCAUCGCAUCGAUUCUUCAAAAGUACCGCCAGUUUUGAGGGCGACAUCCGAGGCUCUCAGGAAAUUCGCAGAUGUCCCUAUCUCUCCCUCCUUUCUUGUGGGUAGUGGCCUCGUGAUCAGUGGUGGUUGCAUCCGCUGGGUGUGCUACCGAGUCCUCGGUCGCCAUUUCACGUUUCUACUCAGCGUGCGCAAAGAUCAUCAGCUCAUCACAACCGGACCCUACGCUAUUGUUCGCCACCCUUCUUAUUCAGGGAUGAUGAUGGUAUGCAUCGGAGUCAUCAUUCUGCAUGGCUCCCGCAACUCGUGGUUAAGGGCCUCUGGUGUAUCGCGGAUACCUGGAGUGUUGCCGCUUGUCAUCGCUGGGGGCGCCGCGUGUGCAGUAGUGAAUGCAGCGUUGUUCAGAAGAAUGAAGAGAGAAGAUAAAAUGAUGCAUUCAGCCUUCAGAGAAGAGUGGGAGGCAUGGGCGAGAAAAGUGAAGUAUCUGAUAAUACCUGGUGUAUACUGAAAGCUGCGCGUUUUCAAGUGUUGUUGCCCAUCUGUUACAUCAAGCAUCAUU